AUUUAGGUACGUCCAAUCAGAUCACUUAUGGGUGGGACUUUGUCAUGCGCAAAUAGAAUCUACUCAAAUCAACCGUUAUAAAUGUGUCGUAAAUCGGUCUGCACCGUCUGAUAUUUUUUUAUGGAAACGCCUGUAGGACAUUAUUUGAGGCCACAUAAGUUGUCUGUUAGUGUCACUUACGUGCACGCAAGCCCCUGUACGAAAGAACAAAAGUUAACAGCUAAGUUAGACAGCUACGUUAACUAAGCUAACCACCUAGCUUGAAGCAUGCCGAAUUUUUGCGCGGCCCCAAACUGUACACGGAAAAGCACCCAAUCGGAUUUGGCUUUUUUUAGGUUUCCAAGGGACCCAGAAAGCCCUGAAGCCCUGACAAAGCAAACCACUGUUGGACUGGUUACUUGAAGUUUGUUAUUAUUGAAUACAUUGCGUGACCUAAUUAUACCAAAGCCAACACUGCACGUACAUGGGUCCAAUGCAGUACACCUGCCAGUGUGAAGUGAACGGCCUUGAGACCUUUGGAGGACAUACACACUUUCCUUAAAAUGCCGAAUCUGGGUAGAGAACUGCCGCAGGGCAGAUCUAGAGGCGAAAACAUCAGACCAGUUGAACAAGCAUUAUAGAUUGUGUGCCAAACACUUUGACCCAGCCAUGGUGUGCAAAACGAGCCCUUAUAGGACUGUAUUGAAAGAUACAGCGAUUCCAACUAUAUUUGACUUGACAAGCCAUCUAAGAAAUCCUCAUGCAAGACACCGCAAGCGAAUUAAAGAACUCACUGAAGAAGACAUAAGGAAGAUCAAAGAAAGGAGAUUGGCAUCUUCUGUUGAACAGCUUAAUUCCAAAAAAGAUGCAGCAGCUGAGGAUAGCACAAGUGCCAAUGAGGACGAACCUCAGCUGUCCACAGAGGAGAAGGCGUUUCGUGAAUACUUGAGAUCCUUGUUCGAGGUUUUGGUCAUGUUAGGCAAGCAGAGUAUCCCACUGGUGACUGACAAAGCAUCUGAAGCUGAACACAGGUCCACCAACUUCCAGGCUCUAAUGGAUUACCGCAUGAAUGCGGGAGAUGAAGCUUUGAAAAAGCGGUUUGAGGCAACAGCCGUGAACACAGAAUACCUCUCUGCGACCCAGCAGAGCCAGCUCCUGGAUGUCUGUGAGAACACAGUGAGAGAGGAGAUGCUAAUGGAGGUGAGAGAGAGCCGCUUCUUCUCUCUUGUGACCGGUGAUCUUGUUGAAUUUGCAAACGAGAAGCACCUGCCCCUCUUUUUACGCUUCGUCAAUCAGCAGAACGUCCUCCGAGAGGAGUUUUUGGACUUUAUGCCUUUUGAUGGUGAUGAGCCUGCACUGGUGGAGAGGCUGGAGGCCCAGCUGACUGACCGUUGGGGGCUUAGCAUGGAGGAUUGCCGUGGUCAGGCCCACAAGGCCACUGGCACUUCCACCACUAAAAUGAAAGCUGUGGCAGUAUUACUGAUGGAGAAGUAUCCCUUGGCAUUGCACAUGCCUUGUUCUCAUAUGGCGCUGAACAUCCACCUGGCCAACAGUCUGCCUUUUCCCAAUGUCCAGGUCGUCAUGGAGACUCUGAGGAGGAUUGGUGCUUUCUUUAGAACCCCGUUUACUCAGGACGAGCUAGAGAAAGCUAUCUCCACUCACUAUCAGAAAAAUGAAGAGAAAGGAACUGCGCUACAACAGGCCUGUGACUCUGGAUGGACCGAGCAACACAAUGUCUUCGACGUGUUGCUAGAUAUGUUGCCGCCUCUGCUGCUGUGCAUGGACAGCGUUUGGGACAACAGCGAUGGGAAGUUUGCAGAGGCUGUUGCUGCAGAUGCUUACUCGAUCGCAGAAACUCUGGCCGACUUUGAGACCAUUGUCACCGUCGUCAUUUUAAAGAACGUUCUCACAUUCACCCGUGCUUUUGGGAGGAACCUCCAAGCAGAGACUCUCGAUGUGUUUUUUGCUGCCAACAGUCUAACCGCAGUCCUGCAUUCACUAAACGAGGUCAAUGAUAACAUUGAUGUCUACCAUGAGUUCUGGUACGAGGAAGCUGUGAAUGUGGCCAAUGUGAUGGAGGUUCCUGAGAAAGUGCCGAGGUUGUUUCUUCGGAAGCAGCGUGCAGCCGAUGCGGGUGAAGUCCAAGCGGAGGCGUAUUUUAAGGAGUAUGUGACAGUCCCUGUUAUCCAUGGUAUCAUGCAGGAGGUAGAGGAGAUGUUCUCUGACACCAACCUCAAAGCUCUCAAGUGUCUGUCGCUGGUCCCAGCCGUCAUGGGCCAAAUGAAGUUCAACACCACAGAGGAGAACUAUGCAGAUGUUUACCGCAAUGACCUCCCAAACCCAGACACUCUUCCUGCAGAGCUUCACUGCUGGAGAAUCAAGUGGAAGCACCGGGGCAAAGAGGUGCGCCUGCCCACCACCAUCCACGAAACCCUUCAGCUGCCCGAUGUCAAGUUCUUUCCCAACGUGAACUCCUUCCUCAAGGUGCUCUCUACCUUGCCAGUGCUGAAAUUAGAGGGCAACAAAAGCGACACAGCAAGCGAACGGCUGCAUGCUUAUCUGGACGGCACGCCUGCCAAGCAGUGGAACAAAAGUCUUGCAAUGCUUAACAUUAACACUCACGUCAAACACGACUUGGAUGUCAUGGUGGACAAAUACUGCAGACUUUAUGCAGAGGAUGAUCCUGAAGCUGAGGCAGAGUCUGAGGAAGUGGCUGAGGAAGGUGCAGCGAACUGAUAUGAAUCAAACAGAUGUGCUGUUAGUCAUUAAGGCAGCCUCCUUUAGUUUAGUUGUUGUUGUUGUUUUUGUUUCUGUAGACCUACACAUAAAUAGUAUCCAUUUGAAUGCAGAUGUAAAUAAGUAAUCAGUGUCAUUUUUAUUCAGUCCCUGAUAUCACCCCCCCACCCCCACCCCCCAAAAAAAUUACAUUUUCUUAAUGUAUGUGGUAAAAGAUAAUGGUGCAUUUGAAUAUAUUGCAUUUUAUUUUUGCAUUGUAAAUAAGUAAGCAAAGUUGCAGGUAGAAAAGCUAGAAAUAAAUACUCUUUGAGACUCAGUAGACACUGCAACUUGACAAAAUCUUGAAUUUCCCUCUGCAUCAAUAACAUAUCUAGCUAUCUAUCUAAAUGCCCAGAAAUGUAAGAUAGCAGUCAUAACCUGUCAGUAUUUGUAGUUUUUGGGGGGUUUUUUUGCACAGAUUAACUGCCAUAAGCAGCUCGUUCACAGGUAGCAAGUGACUGUGCUGGUCUCCAGUACUUUAGUUAACUAUGAGGCAGGAAGAGCACAAGAGGGAGCAGUUGCACCAACAUCAGCAGCAUAUGUGCUUGAUGGGACGCCAUCUUUUUUUGUGUGUGUUUUAUUUUUUAUACUUCUUUUUUAAAAAAUAAAUAAAAAGCUUAUUCUGCCA